AGGAGGUGUCAUCCAAUCUCUUACAAUAAUAGAUAAAGUAAUAUGAUUAUCUGCAAACUAGGGUUCGCUAACUCAGUGGCACUUUGCUCGUCGAGUUGUGCGGAACGGAUUUUACAAAUGAUUUUUGAAGAUUAAAAACGUGGAAUGGUUGAAAUAAGUAAGCAUUUAUUUGAGAGUACGUGCAGAGAUGUUCACUGUAGCGUCCUCCUCCAUCCUUGGAGCAGAAGCUGUUGGACGUCAUCAUUUUCAACGUAUGGAAAUUCCUUAGUUGGGAGCGCUAAAUUUUAUCUCAUUGUACAUUUGGCACAAAACUUAAUGAAGGGCAAGAAAAUGCUGAAGAGAAAGGAGUUAAUGAAGGCCGGCGAGUAUUACGUGCGAUCAACCCUUUUGGGUGCUCUUAUAAGCGGGACUUGUGUCAGCUUCGGAUGUUUGUUGAGAUGGAUUCUCGGAAAGCAAUUCACGUAUUACACCUAUUUCUUGAUUCCCAACACGAUAAACGGCCUUUUCAUACUCUUAGAGCCCCCGAAGAGAAGAGGUCUAGUCAUAAAUUUAUUUUGUAAUCUGGCAAUCGAAUAUUGGAUGCGUACACUUGAAGUUAAUAAAAUGAUAUCCUUGACAAAAUCAAAACAAACGUUUUUGUUUAUGACCGGUAGCGCUCUCCUCUUCUAUCUUAUGCGGUUAGAAGGUGAUAGAACUAAAAGGACCCCACUAUUGUGGCUUUUUACGCCUGAAAAAGUAAGACGGAAAACAGACGAAUCAAAGGAUGUAUGUCCCCACACUGGGCCAUGUAGCCGACAUAUUUUGAAGGGUGCUUUGACAUACUUCGGGGUAGGCUUCGGUUUUACUAUCGCAAGGAUAUUAUUACCAAGAAUGUCUUCACCAUUAAAGGCCCUUUGCAGUUUAAGAAGAAGUCAUUUAAACAUGGGACUAUUCUUCGCUAGCUAUAUCGGUAUUUAUAGAGCUGUGAUAUGUUAUUUAUGCCGUAAGCAAGGAUAUGACUCAGCAUUGUACGCGUUACCAGCGGGAUAUCUCGCUGGAUUGUCGUUCUUAUUCAAACCGAGUCUCGGGUUUGCUAUAGCUUCAUUGACAGGCGCUUUUAAGUUAUAUGUAACAAUUCUUUACGAGAAGAAAGUUUUACCGGAGAACGUACCCUUAUCUCUGAUGCUGUAUUGCUUCUGUCAAGGAAUUCUGUUUCACUCGCGCAUUAUGCAUUCGGACGUUUGUCCGCAAUAUAUUUUCAAGGUCAUGAAUAGUGUUACCAAUGGAAGAACUGAAAUAAUAUUUAAUAACUUACUGGAGGUGAUCAAAAGUGCAACGUAAGCUAGACUUAAUCUUAAAAAUGGAAGACUUAUUUGCAAUUUUAAAUCGCUCACAAAGAUUGACAGAAUGAUGGAGAAUAAUGAAAAAUUUAUUGAUGCAAAUUUCAACGUAAAACAAGAUAUUAAAAUAU